UCAAGGGUCACCCUCUAAACGCGCGUCGUCGGCGGUAUUCAUUUGCCUGCGCAAUUGCCUCAACCGCCUCCUGGCUGAGAUUUACCGGUCGCGUUUUAGUGACGUCACGGUUUGACAUUGGCGUGGCUGGCUAGAGGGAGCUGGUGUUCCGUCCAGGGGAUGGCCCUCCUUCAUCUCUCAAAGUCCCUCGGCGGGCAUCUCGCCGAGGUCUCGUCGCUGACCCAGCAGAGGUCAUUCAGUUUAUCUGCUGUUGCGGCAGCCAUUCAGAAAAUGUCAAGAGUACGUGUCGUGGACAACAGUGCUCUUGGAAACACGCCAUAUCACCGAGCCCCACGCGUCAUCCAUGUCUACACCAAGAAUGGGGUGGGGAAAGUCGGUGAUAAAGUUCUACUUGCAAUCAAAGGACAGAAGAAGAAGGCACUUAUUGUGGGACACAAGAUGCCCGGAGCUCGUAUGACUCCACGUUUUGAUUCGAACAAUGUUGUUUUGAUAGAGGACAAUGGCAAUCCUACAGGAACAAGAAUUAAGGUCCCCUUACCUACACAUCUGCGUCAAAUGGAGGGAGAUUUCUCCAAGAUUUUGGCCAUUGCCAGUAAAUUUGUGUAAUUACAAUAUCAUGUGUUCAGUCUGAUCACUUGUUACUCUUCGUUUUUCAUAUUCUCUGUCCUUUUGUUGCUCGCCUUUUCACGAUUUUGGGGCACACAGGCUCUGUUUCGCCAGUGUUGAAAUUUUCAGAAAACUAAAAUACAUUUGAAUGUGAUCAUUUUAUGGUGUGUCUCAGUGUCUGUGUCUAACUAAAGAUUUAAACUAGUCAAAUAAUUUAACUUGUCUGUAUUAUUCUCUAAUUUGGUGGUAUGUGAUAGCAUUUCACCUCUUUUUAUACUCUUGUCAUCUUGCUUUACUC